ACGGAAGUCGUACGUGGGAUACAUUGUGUUUGGUAUCGGAGAAGUGUUUUACUUCACCGUCCUAGAAGUGACAGGCGUAUAGUAUAGGGGAGGAGAAGUGUGUGUUUUUUUCCUCUGGCGUCGCCUGCUCCUCUUCAUCAUGGAGGUUCAGGCACAUUUCCACCGUGAGGAGAUCAACAGCACGGUGUGGGAAGUCCCGGAGAAAUACACACGGCUCCGUCAGAUUGGGACCGGAGCGUACGGCUCUGUGUGUUCAGUAACAAAUGAGAAGAAUAAAGAGAAAGUGGCCAUCAAGAAGCUCCACAGGCCCUUCCAGUCAGAAAUCUUUGCUAAGAGGGCCUACCGGGAACUCAGACUGCUCAAACACAUGAAGCAUGAAAAUGUGAUAGGACUUCUUGAUGUGUUUACACCUGCCUCGGGCCUUGAUGACUUUCAGGACUUCUACCUGGUAAUGCCUUACAUGUUUACUGACCUGUCAAAGGUUCGAGGUCAUCUAUCAGAAGACAAAGUUCAGUUUCUCGUGUAUCAGAUGCUCUGCGGACUCAGGUACAUUCACAAGGCUGGAAUCAUCCACAGGGAUCUUAAGCCUGGAAACUUGGCUGUGAACCAAGACUGUGAACUGAAGAUCCUGGACUUCGGACUGGCUCGCAGUACUGACGCUGAGAUGACGGGCUACGUGGUGACCCGUUGGUACCGGGCGCCUGAGGUCAUUCUGAACUGGAUGCACUACACCCAGACUGUGGACAUCUGGUCUGUAGGCUGUAUCAUGGCAGAAAUGAUCAAUGGAAAAACCCUUUUCAAAGGGAAAGACUACAUGGACCAGCUGACUCAGAUCAUGAAAGUGACAGGAGUGCCUGGACCAGAGUUCGUACAGAAGCUGGACAGUCCAGAGGCAAAAACUUAUGUUAAAGGCCUUCCUCGCUAUCCCAGAAAAGACUUCUCAACGUUGUUCCCCAGAGCCAGCGAAAAGGGUAUUGACCUGCUGGAGAAGAUGCUGGUUCUGGAUGGAGACGAGAGGCCCACUGCCGAACUGGCUCUGGAGCACCCGUACUUCGACAGCCUAAGAGACCCAGAUGACUUUCCUGAGCCUGCGUCAUACGACGACAGCCAUGACAACGCCACAUUGUCCCUUGAUGAAUGGAAGAGGUUAUGUUUCAAAGAGGUGAAGAGCUUUGUGCCGUUCCCCAGGCGGGACUCCAAGAGGAAAAACACCCUGACUAUGUCUACGUGACCUGAUGAAUGUCAGUCAUGUAACUACUCAUGCCCCAACCAACACAGCAUACCACCAAUGGUGCCCUUGUAUAUUCCUGGAUGUGUUUCGAUUUUGAAUCAGUGUUCAGAACUGUCACACUUUUUUUUUGGUCAUGUGCAAGUGUUUCCUGAAUGUAGAUUUCUCUUCAUGUUACACAUUCCCUAUCAGUAAACCAUCUUGCAGAUUGAUUGUGACAACUUGUCACAGGGUUUACUAUAACUUUUAUUGUAACAUUGUUUUCCAAUUAAACAAUAAGACAAGA